AGAGUGGAAGAUUAUUUGAUCUGCUGCUGAUUGAGUGAAAUUCAAGGUUUAUUAGUUUUAAUUGCAGAUUUUUAAAUUUAAGGUCUGAGAGAAGAUGAAGGUCUAUCACAGUCUGUCUGAGAACAUGUUGACAGUCAACAUGUUACUGAGUGUCUUCUUUCUUUCAGAUUCUCCAGAGAAACCCAGAAUUGAACCUGAUCUGAAAGAUCUGAAGGAGCAUCAGUCUGUCACUGUAACCUGCUCAGCUUUCACUCCCUGUCCACAUUCACCUCCUGAACUCACCUGGAAUCUCCAACAAGACUCUCUCAGACAAACAGAGAAAAACACAAAUGGAACCUUAACAACUAAAAUCCAGGAGAACAUCACUCUGUCAGACACACAUGAUGGAUACAACAUCAGAUGUUCUGCCAGAUAUCCUGUGAUUGGAGGAAACAAGACAGCAGAGACAGAAGUGACUCUCAGUGUUUCCUAUGCUCCUAAAGACACCUCAGCAUCCAUCAGUCCAUCAGGUUUGGUGUCAGCAGGUAGCUGGGUGGAGCUGAGCUGCUCCAGCAGAGCCAAACCUCCACCCAGCUUCACCUGGUUCAGGAACAGUGAACAUGGAGACAUUAAUGUGUCUGAGGGGAAAGUUUACAGCUUCAAUGUUACUGAGGGAGGAGAGUAUUACUGUGUGGCUACAAAUGAUCUGGGUCAAACCAGAUCAUCUGUGAUCAUAGUUACCAUUAAAGGUUCUGGACUUGGUGUUUACACUAAAAUAAAGAUCCUGGGAUCAGUAAUGCUCUAUGGCUCAAUCAUCAUCUUUCAGUGCUGGUUUAGAUUCUCCAAGAGAGACAAAAAGGACAAAGAAGAAGGAAAUGUUGCUAACAGAGUAAUGGAGGUUCAGGCAUCAUGAGUCACAAGGAAAAGAUGCUAAAUUCAUUCUGAGAAGGAAGAUUUUUAUAUUUGUUCAUCCUGUUUUCUGUCUUUGCAAGCGUUAUUAUUCAUAGUAAUUUGUAAUGUUUUAUUUAGCUAAAUCAA